AUGGGGACCGGAGAGGCGGGCGCCGCGGAGGGCGGCGAGCGGGAGCCGGCGUAUUCGUGCCCGAAUGAGCGCACGUGCGUCGUCUGCCAGGCGAAGGAGGGUAUCUACCGCUGUGCGAGGUGUCUCUGCCGCACAUGUUCACUCGCCUGCUACAAAGCUCACGAGCGGCGCCCGCGUCAGCGUCGAGAGAUCUUGCACUCGCAAGCGCCGCCUCCCCCGCCUUCCUCAGAGGCCGCGCGGGCGCCCUACGGCGAGACCGAGGAGGCGCAGGCUCCCAAGCCGGGCCAUGCCUCCGCGACCGCCUCCCUUCCCGCCUCCUCUGCGGCUUCCUCGGCCUCCAUUGAGCUGUCUUCUGCAGCUUCUUCUGCGCACCCUGCUCUGCCUGCGUCGGCUUCGGGGGCGGACUCUGGCGGCUGCCCGCUGGUGCGAUGUCGCGUGAAGCCCGUCGCCCUUCGGGACUUCGACGAGGCGUCUCUGCUGCGCGACUUCCGCCUUGUCGAAGAGGCUGCUCGCGUUGUAGAGGCCGCGGUGCGUCACUGGCGCUGCGAGGCCGAAGACUGCGCGCAACGCAAUCGAAAGCGGCGCAGCGUCCAUCCUCAGCAUCUGCGGGCCCUCUGCGUUUCGCGUGGGAUUCGCUUUCUCUUCUGUCCGCCGAAUUUCUCUCGGCGGAAAAGCAACACGACGCGAGUCGUCCACUGCCGCCCUCCAGGCUCUCGCGCCGAGAAGGUGACCUCCAGGGACGUAGAUGUGAGAGACGCAGAAGCGACAGACGCUGACGUGAGGGAUGAGGAAGCGGAUGGAGCGGGCGACUCGAGAGCCGCAGGCGAGCAGGAGGCCGCCUCUGAAUUUUCUCCGGAGCCCGAAGAGGAUUUGAAACACCGCGACGGCAACGCCGCGCCAGCAGGCCUUAAGCCAGUUAAGGAGGAGCCGGGCGACGGCGGGGAGAGCGGCGGCUUGGCGGCGAACCUGCCAGAAGGCUCGGAGGCAGGCGAGGUCUCGGAAGAUGCCGCCGAGGAAGGCGCGCGGAGACUCAACUCCAACGCGCCUUCGUUUGCGAACGCCCCUUCCUCCCCUGCCUCGUCACUCGCUUCGCCCUGCGCGGCAUCGCCAGCCGCUACGGCGACUCGCAAGAAGAAGGAGAAGAAGGAGGCGGCGUUCAUCGAGUGGCGGGCGGUAUUUCACUUUCGGCAGAUCGGCGCGCAGCGCGUGCUCUCCGCCGUCCACGAGGACAUGACGCUGCAGGCGGUGCUUUCGCUUAUCUUUGAGGGCGAGAAGGAGGGGCUCGCGCAGGCGCAGAGACGCGCGGAAUCCUCAUCGGGUCCGGCUGAGGCUGGCGAAGCAGCGAACGGCGCUUUCGAGAAGAAGCGUGCGAGAGACGCGCAGAGCGAGGUUCCACGAGCUGCGGAAGACGUCGACGAAGGCUGCGAAGCGAAGAAGCGGCGGACGGCGGGGGACUGCGCGUCAGACGGCAACCGGGCGAGCGCCGCGGGCCCCGGGGCACCAGACUGGCGUUCUUCUUCCUCAGGUCCUCAGACGCCUUCACCUCUUUCUCUGUACAUGGCGCGGCGCGACGAACUCGUGCUGCUGCUUCCCUGCGUCGGUUCCUCGUGCUCGCUGCCCGCCACGUCCUCCGAGCCGGUCGUCUCCGCCAGCACGCCGUCCCCUGCGUCCGCGUCGUCGCCGCCUGAGUCGCCCUCGCCUGCGACCGCCAGGUUUCCGUCGUCGGUCAUUCCCGUGCGGAAAUGCGAGUCCUCUUGCACGCUGCGCGAGGCGCUGCGGGCGACGGUCGUUGUGGAGUUCCCCGAGUUCUUCGUCGCGCUGCCCGAGGAGCUGCCUGGCUUUCGAUUCGUCGAGAGAGACGAGGUUCCGCUGGAGCGUGCGUUCGCCAGUGCGGGCGAGCGUCCUCGCGUCUCGCCCUUCGAGGCGGCGGGAGUGGCCAUCGAGGGCGCCGCGGGCGACGAUGAGGAUGAAAGCCUCGAGGAAGACGGCGACGAGGCGCCUUCCGCGGCUCCCGCCCCCUCUUUGGCGCACGCCCCCUGGAGGCCGCCUCCAGCCGGGGGGGCCUUCCCCGGCGACAGCUCCACCCCGGGGGGGCGAGGCGGCAGCGAACAGGCGAGACGGAGCCACAGCGGGCUUUGGGCUCGCGGCGGGUUUCCGCCCUCUCACAGGCCAGCGCCGCCGCGGUCGCCGACGCAGUUCAACGCAGCCCCUUCGCCUCUGCUCCCACACAGUCCCCCCGCGCCGACUUCCCCGCUGUCUGGCGGCAGGCGCUUUGGCGCGCCGCAGGCGCCCUUCGGGGCGGGACCUGCAGGGGCUCCGGGUGCGCACGCGCCGGGGAGCUCCGGGGCCGACGGCGCGUUGCCCGCGGGGCACUUAUUCCGAGGCGGACGCGGCAGCGGCAGGGGGCCUUGGAGAGGCAGGCAGGACCGGCGAGGCAGUCGAGGCUUCAGAAGAUGA